UCUCUCUCUCUCUCUCUCUCUCUCUCUCUCUCUCUCUCUCUCUCUGCAGCCAUACGUGAGUUUCCUUCGGACAUGUUUACCAAUGACGAGCGAAAGGGCGGUGCAGUCUUACUUCAUAUAGCGGCGGCACUCUACAUGUUUCUGGCUCUUGCCAUCGUGUGUGACGACUACUUCGUCAUGUCCUUGGAGAAGAUCUGUGAGAAAUUGGACCUGAGUGAAGAUGUGGCAGGAGCAACCUUUAUGGCCGCGGGGAGCUCUGCUCCUGAGCUCUUUGCCUCUGUUAUAGGUGUGUUUAUCACCCAUGGUGAUGUGGGCGUAGGCACCAUCGUGGGCUCCGCCGUCUUCAACAUCCUAUGCAUCAUCGGAGUGUGUGGGAUCUUCGCCGGCCAGGUGGUGAUGUUGACCAAGUAUGCGGUGUUCCGGGACUCCAUCUGCUACACCUUCUCAGUGGUGGCCCUCAUCGUGUUCAUCUAUGAUGAGAAGAUUGUAUGGUGGGAGGCUCUGAUCCUGGUAGUAAUGUACUGCUUCUACAUUCUCAUCAUGAAAUUUAACAGCUCUAUACAGAGGCUGUUCACCGGCAAAGGGAGCAAGAAUGUUGCCAACGGAAACGCCGCCAGUGGCAGCGAGAUGGAGGAUGUGAAGCCCACUAAGGCCUACAGCCGCGGCUCCGUGGUGAUGGUCGAUGAGAUCAUCAAUGCGAGCCCUCCCAAGUACCGCUUCCCCGAGGCCGGCUUGCGUGUCAUGGUCACCAACCACUUUGGCCCCAAGACCCGUCUUCGCAUGGCCAGCCGACUCAUCAUUACGGAGCGUCAGAAGCUGGUGCAGGCCGCCAACGGGGUGGAAACGGCCGUGGUGGACGGCAAAACUGACAUUGAGAACGGCAACGUGCCCGAAGACAAGCCCAGCGAAGAGGAGGAGAGCGAGCUGACCUCGCCGUUCAGUAUACCACGAGGCUGUAUGAACAAGAUCAAGUGGCUGAUCUCGUGGCCGCUGCUCCUGCUGCUCUUCUUCACCAUCCCCAACAGUGCCAAGCCGCGCUGGGAGAAGUUCUUCAUGCUCUCCUUCAUCCUCUCCACCGUCUGGAUCGCCGUCUUCUCCUACUUCAUGGUGUGGAUGGUAACGAUCAUCGGAUUCACACUUGGCAUUCCCGAUGUAAUCAUGGGAAUCACUUUCCUGGCUGCCGGCACCAGUGUGCCAGACUGCAUUGCCAGUCUCAUCGUGGCACGGCAAGGUCUCGGGGACAUGGCCGUGUCCAACACCAUUGGCAGUAACGUGUUUGACAUCUUAGUGGGCCUGGGUGUUCCAUGGGCUCUUCAGACCAUGGCAGUGGACUACGGCUCAGAGGUUCAGAUUAACAGUCGAGGGCUUGUCUACUCCGUGGUGCUGCUGCUUGGCUCUGUGGCAUUAACAGUUCUGGCGAUCCACGUGAACAAUUGGAAGCUGGACCUGAAGCUGGGCAUCUAUGUGCUGCUGCUCUACGCGGUGUUCCUCUGCUUCUCCAUCAUGAUCGAGUACAACGUCUUCACCUUCGUCAACCUGCCCAUGUGUCAGGGGGACUUCUAGACGGCCAGGCACUCGACCGACCCGUCUUUGUCGGCCUCUCGGCCUCUGUCCCCAAACCCCACCUCGGAUGUCCUCCGAUGCCCCACGACCAAAACCACCCGGCCAACCACCAGUGGCUGUGAAGCGUCUUGGUGUCCCCAUACACUCAUUGAAUCCGAGACUCCUACGGGACCCAUGUUUACCUUUCCUGUUCUCUCAGUCUGUUGUUCACACGGUCACUUUCUUUUUCUAGAAUACUUUCCUCCAUCCUCUCCCCUUCAUUGUCCUCUGUUGGUAUUUUUCUUCCGUGUAGAUUGGGGGAAAAUGUAUAUAUUUGUGUGAACUUGUCUGAUUUUCUGUCAUGGUCUUUUUAUUUUUCUGUUUCCUGUUUUGUCUUCAUCCUUAGUGUCCUCAGUGCCACCCUCUCCUCUCCUUUCCUUUCCUUUCCUCUCCUCUCCUCUCCUCUCCUCUCCUCUCCUCUCCUCUCUGGCAUGUCCUCCCUGUGUUCUCCUCUUCUCUCCUUUUCUCCUGAAGAACCGGUUCCAUCCCAUGGAGGAGGAACUUCUCCUUGGCAGCUCUCCACCUCCUCGGGGUCUCCUCUUCCUCCUUUUUUCCUCCUCCUCUUCCUCCUCCUCCUUCUCCUCCUCCUCUUCUUGUGACCUUAGGUCAACCACAAGUGGAUCAUCUUUCCUGCCAAAACCAAAAAAAAAAGAUAAAACUGCAUGCGUGCUCCUUUUCUUCUCUCUUGUCAAAUACCCCCAUGCCCCUGCUCACCAAGGCACUUUCUGUUACAUAGUGUUCAGUGAUUUUUUUCUUUCUUUUCUUUUCUUUUGCUUUCUGUCCACUUCUUGACAACUCUAGAGAGUGGGGGCCUUGAGUCUGCAGCACUGCACAACGUGGAGAUCUAAACAUAUCAUAAAUAUCUCAUCUCUUUUUGUAUCAAUACGUUUGAAUUGUUGUCAUUUGUUUUUCUCCCAUAAACAAAGAAAUGAGCUGAGUGUGUAAAAAGAUUGUGGGGCAAAAUGCAAUCAGUGCAGAUUGAGCAUCCAUUUGCAAUUAUCAUAAAGUUGGUCGUCGGGACAAUGCGAUUGGUUCCAUCCUCUACCAGUCACUCGAAUGGGAGGGUAUAACCUCAACUUGCAGUGAUUCCAUUGGAUGAUCUUUUAUCAGUUUUCUUUUUUUUUUUUUUUAUC